GAAGUCCUCUUCCACGUCCGCCAUUUUGAUCUGGAGUUGUAGUGAUAAUACACUAGGUAAAGAUUGAAAUAAAAUCCAGAUUUAUUGAUCAUUUUAGGCAGUUAUUCGCAUUUGAUUAACAAGAACAAUGGGUGCGUUUACAAGUUUAUUCAAGGGGCUUUUUGGUAAGAAGGAGAUGAGAAUCCUCAUGGUAGGACUUGAUGCGGCCGGAAAGACGACCAUUCUUUACAAAUUGAAAUUAGGAGAGAUCGUUACCACUAUUCCCACAAUUGGUUUUAAUGUAGAAACAGUAGAAUACAAGAACAUCAGCUUCACGGUAUGGGACGUCGGUGGCCAGGACAAAAUUCGACCACUGUGGCGACAUUAUUUCCAGAACACACAGGGUCUCAUAUUCGUAGUAGACAGUAACGAUAGAGAGCGUGUCAAUGAAGCACGGGAUGAGCUGAACAGAAUGCUGGGAGAAGAUGAACUCAGAGAUGCUGCUCUAUUGGUCUUUGCUAACAAACAGGAUUUACCCAAUGCAAUGAAUGCAGCGGAACUCACAGACAAGCUUGCUCUCCAUAACCUCCGAAACAGGACCUGGUAUAUCCAAGCAACAUGUGCCACCAGCGGUGAUGGACUGUACGAAGGACUCGAUUGGCUGUCAAAUGAACUGAAGAAAUCAUCAUAAAAAUCUGGAUCUUAUAGAUGAUGUGAAAUUUGUAGAAAAAUCUUUAUAGACAGAAAUUUCAAGAAAAGGGAGAGAAUUUGCAGACUAUUUUGAUCACAUGUUUCUAGUCUCAAUAACGUUUAUAAACUUGAUUUUCAAAUAAUUAAUUUUCACGUAGGUUCAUCCUUUAAAUCCGGGUUACUCAGCUGACCAGAAAAAGAAGACAUACUCAAAAGGCCCAUCUCCACAUAAGGUUUGAUACCACAGCUUGCAGUUUGAUGCUCAUUCUUCAGGCAGUUGCACUGACUUGCGCUAUGUCAAUGUUGGUAUGAACACUUGAUGACUAUGCACAGAGUGUGAAUCGUGGCAUUCAACUCUUAUGUGGUGCUAGGCCUUCACAUUAGUUUAUUCACAGCCAUCAGAAGGGUCAACCUCAUCUCCAGGGUUAUAAAUCUGGCAUUUUCCAUUCAUUUAGCUUACAAUAUAUACCCGGUCCGGUGGUGAGGUUGACGCACCAAAUUCAUCUUGUUUGCUCAUGCCUGUGCACAAACAGACCAAAGUUUCAAUCAGUUCUUGCUACCAUUGUCUAAAAUCUUAAGUAAACAUUCCUUGGAAAACCGCAGUAACGAAUAACGCCUUGCACAAUGUUAAACCCCUGUAGGAACGUGGCAUUGGAACAAAGCGAUCAUUCUCAGGAAUGAUCGUCUAGCUAGGCUCUGAUGUAUUGUAAUCUGGAGUGUUCUUUAACUUGGAGCUUUUUACAUGUAGGUGCCAAAACCUGAGAGUCCAAACGGUAAAAUUUUCUCAUCAGUUUGAAGAUUCAGAACACUUCAGUGUGCAGCUUUGAACAGCCGAGUAGUAUUUAUUCAAAACUAAAUGUAAAAUUGUUCGUGACUUGUAGAAAACUCAUCUUGAUGUGAUAGGCGGUGACUACACACACAGAGUUUGGUGUGUAUGCCAAAAAAUAAAUGAAAAAUUUCAUCUUAUUUAA